UUCAUCCAUAGAGAAUCGACCGGUCAGCCGAGGAUAGAAGCAUUUCGUUGUCCGUCAUUUUUUUGGUCGUAAUUUUACAAAUUAGAAUUUAAUAUACUGUGCAAUAACUAGCUUUAUUAGGUGCCCGAUAUCCUGGAUUAAUCGCAGCGUGCUUCCAUAUUUUAUACUCGAAAAGCGACCGAAAAUCCAAUAAAAAUGUCCGGAGAACCCGAAGUGACCCGCACUCCCGAAGAAGAAACUGAGGAGGAAGAAAUCAAGUCAUCUUACAAGCCUCCCCCAGAGAAGACUAUUGAGGAGAUCCUCGCUGCAGACCAGGAAGACGAGUCUCUUAGGAAGUACAAGGAGGCGUUGCUGGGGCAGGCUCAGACUGGGACUGUUAUUGUUGACGCCAACGAUCCUCGGAAGGUGAUAGUGAAGAAGCUUGCUCUCUGCGUGGUGGGACGCGAUGACGUCGAGUUGGACCUCUCUGGGGACCUCACGGACCUUAAGAAACAGGUGUUCACCAUAAAGGAGGGCGUGCAGUACCGGAUAAGGAUCGACUUUAUCGUGCAGCGGGAGAUAGUGCACGGACUCAAAUACGUGCAAAAGACAUACCGGCUCGGCGUACCAGUGGACAAAAUGACCCACAUGGUCGGCUCAUACCCGCCUAAGACGGAGAUUCAGUCGUACACCACUCCGCCAGAAGACGCCCCAUCAGGCAUGAUGGCCCGCGGCUCCUACUCCGUCAACAGCCUCUUCACUGACGAUGACAAGAACAUCCACCUGCAAUGGGAGUGGUGCUUCGACAUCAAGAAAGAUUGGAAAGACUAGAUCAGCUGGGGCCCUGGAUUGGACAUCGGUGAGUAGUGCCAUAGUUCAAAGGGGCUAGCUAAGUCGCAAACAGAGACGUUCCUAUUUCUAUAAUCGGUAAUGAAACAUGCACAUUGACAAUCCAAGUCAAUCUACCAGGCGGACAUAUCUAUCUCGCGUCACGGUUGCAUACCAGAUAUUCAUUAAUUCCAUAUUACGACUUCGUAUUAAAGAUAGCAAGCUCACUUCUCAUUACAAUCUUGAAAUGUUCAAAAGUAGAAAUGCAUUUAUUUAGUAGGUAGCGUGUACCACCAAAGGCCAUAUCUUCACUAGUCAUGACUUACCCGUAUCAUUUAUCUAGUGACAUCGUAACGAAUACUGAGGUGGAUAAUUCAGAUCAUGAUUCGGAGUUAAUAUCUAGUGGAAUUUUCCGUCGCAAAAAUCAUGUUUCCUUUUUAAAUAUCUAAAAUUCUAUACUUUUGCAAUGGGAACUUCCACUUGAUAUCAACUCGGAAUCAUGGUCUGAAUCACACCUCAAAGUUUUCGUUACGAUGUCACUAACACCUGUAUAAAGGAACAUGCAACAUUACAGAGUAACCUAAUGCGUAGUAUGGCGAGAAUACAACACAUAUUCUAGAUAUACAAAAACAAACAACAAGAAAAAUAAUAAGACUGACGGUUCACGGGCGUGUGUAUGUAUCGUUAGCGAUUGUAGACAUGGUAAAGCUGUCAAGGUUUGCUUCUUGGCUACGCCCUAACGGCAGGUAGAUGUUGGUUUACGGUCUGAAGUUCGUCAGGUUGGACUGGGGGGAGAUACUUUACCUUAAAUAAGAUUUAAACUUUACUGUAAUUAUUCGAUUAGACAUGUCUGCCUUCUAAUUGUUUCCUGACUACCAUAGCGCCGCGUCACGAGGGCCGGUGCUAGAUGUAGCUCCAGCCCUCGCGACGCGGCGCGAAAUAUAUCGAGGGCUUUGACUGAUAGCCGGAAGUCUAUCCACGUAGAAGGCAUUUGCUGCGUCUAUAGAUCGAAACUCUCGAUAUAUUCGCGCCGCGCGGUUGCUGUGAGCUUGCCGAUAGUAAACUUUGUUCUUACUUUAAAAUGUAUCCGUCGACUGACCAUUUCCUAUGGCGGAAUACAUUUAAUACAAACACUUUCGUCCCCUAAGGUCCUCUGGCAUUUUAAGCGUAUUCAAGGCAAGACUUUGGUAGCUUAUUUUCGAUGACAUAAUCUAUUAAUUACUCCGUUAAAUAUAGAGCAGCUUGAUUAUUUUGAGAGCUGUCAGAUCAAUACCACAGCCUGGACACUUCAUACAAAAAUCUCGUUAUCUAUGUAUUGUCUAUCGCGUAAGUGUGAGCGAGACAGGCAAGUCACCGCUCCCUUACUCUUUAACGGAGACUUUAAAUCUAGCUCGGCGCCCGACACGAAUUGGUGCGGGGCAGUGUCCGUUCUAUACUUAGUAUUAUUCUUUAUUCUAUGUGUCUGUGGCGGACCCAACUAGUUGGCCAGCUAGUUCCGCUCACAUGCAACAGAUGGCGCCACAUUCAAUAAUGCAGUCUUCAAGCAGUCGUGAAACGCGAUAUCGAAGUUUACACAGCAAGACGCAUAUAUAAACUUCCAACAUAAUACCGACGGAUCGUCGAUCCCUAGACACACUACCAAGUUGUGGCUAGCUCCGUUCCGUACCCCGAAAACAUCCUUUGGCGGCAGCACACCCUCGCCGCCAAAAUGGUGACAUCGACGUGAUAUUUCGCACUGGGCUGACUUAUCUAUCUGUCCUAUCAAAUUAAUCAUGCUGAAUUUACCAUUAAAUAGCUAGAAAACUAUUAAUAGGCUGAAUUUUCAUACAUUUUAUACCAUAUACACUUAAUGAUAAUAGAAAGUAUGAGUUACCAAGUCUCUCUGCCUUCCCUCCUUUACAAUAUGAGUGCCUGACCAUUGAUACCUCUAAUUGUCAUAAAUGUUUACACAAACUAAUUGUUCUAAGCUAAAGACUAAUCAUGUAAACUAAAGUAUUAGAAUUGUCGAACUUCCAUUUUGUAAAAUUGUAACUAAAAAUUGUGUAAUUUCUUCCGUUAUUGAUGUUGAUAAAAUAUGUGAUCUCUUUGGAGAAUUGGUGAUGUAGCAUUUAAUUUUAGGCGCCGAGCAAACACACUUUUGGAGAUCAAUUACUUUAAAAAUGCUAUUUUGUGGGCGUAGUCAACAACUAUAUAUCGAUACCAAUAAGUACUUCAACUACACCCUCGUUGGUAAUCGACCAUUUUCUUCCCUUGUUAAAUAAUAUACGAUAUGUGGAGCUUGCACUGCGCGACACGAUACAUACCGUGGAAUGUUAUCUGCAUAGAUAAAUGUCGUACAUAUAUUGGUAAUAUAUUGGUAAGACCGCGGUAUCCACGCGCGACAACAUAAACAGUCUAUAUACGUCUUCUUACUUAAUCAACCGGAGAGGGUAUGGGACAUACACCAAGCUGUUGUUGGUGGAGCUGACCCUGCACGCACUUAAGUUGUUCUGUUAAUGUUGUUCUGUUUGCGCGGCGCCUUAACUAUAGUGUUGACUGUUGAUAUAGUCAGUAUUAUUCCCGACUUAAUGCCUCAACUGUGGCCUUUGCAAGUAAGUGUCAUAGAUGUCCAAUCCAGUUGUUGUGGAAGUGGUUUAUGUGUUGUAAUUUUUUAAUAAACAAGAGUCUCCUUUCGAGCGUCAAAGCACUACUUAAAGGUAGGUAGGUAUAGAAUGGUCGCGUUUUGUGGGUCGAUUUAUUGCGAAAUAUUUUUUGGUCGUGUUUCGUGUGGUUUUAUAAUUCUAUGCCGUAAUGGAUCUUUUAAAAAGUUUACGGGUAUAACACGGAAAAGGACAAUGCUUUUGACUUGUUAUGCCUAGACUUUUUAAUCGAUUCAUUCAUAGUAUUACCACACGGAACGCGUCUAACAACAUAAAUAAUCAGACGCUCGGAAACUGACUGUUCUAUGGUAACCAUGUAAUUAAUUUCCUUUUCGAAAACGCUGGAAACGCGACUUAUAUACUUGUUUACUAAAUUGACAACGCACCAACCGCGCCCAGUUCAUCCAGUUAUAUUAAUCGUGUCGAAUAGCGUGGCUGACUGAAUGAUAUUAAAAUUAAAUACUGACAAAGUAGUGCGUAAGAGUCAUUAGUUAAUACAUACGUCAACAAUGUAGAUUUUUGAUCCUUAUUGCAUUGAUAUCGUAUAUAAAUAAAUAGACUACCAAUCACUAUAAAAAAGUGUCCGCGUCUUGUCACUAAGCGACGGCGUGUGUAAGAAAGAUCCAAUUCAGUCGAAAUAUUGAUUUUAAUUUAAAGGGCGUUGGGUCCCUCGCUCAGCAACAAUAGAUAGCGUAAUUGUAGCGGUGAUUGAAAUUAUUAUUUUUGUCAUAGAUACACUAAACUAGAUCUUCAAGUAGUGGCAAAAUUUUAGCUUAGUUUUAUCUAUGUCAAAAAUAGUAAAUUCGAUCACCGAAUACACUUAUGCCAUUUAUUGUCGCCGAGCUAGGGUCCCAACAUCCUUAACAACCUUUACAUCUUAGUUGAUGGAACUAACUUAUAGUACCUACAUACUUUAAUGUAUAUGAUACGUAGUUACAACGCCGUUCGGACCCUUUUUUAGAAAAAAGUCCUUAGCGAUUGUGAGUCAAUUUCUUUAUAGUAUGUCAGUGCCUUAUUGUAAUUUUACAUUAUAGCUAAUUUUGAGGCAAGAAAAUUAUAUCAAUCGUGUCAUUCUAUCACAGGAUUUUGCUAAGUGCUAUGUAUAAGGGUAUAUAGGUUUUUGACUGACCGAACUUCAAUUUCAAUAUUUCUUGCAGUUCUGAAAGUAAUGCUAUCUCUUUCGUGCACUAAGCACAAGUAAAGGACGGUAUUAUGUCGGAGCUUUCAAGCUAAAAUAUGACUUAAGUUUCGUCCGCCAGAAUCUAUACUAUACUUGUUUAAUAUUAAAUAUUGUAGAUAAGAAUAUUUUGCGCUGUUCAAAAUCGACGUAACAUAGCAUGUAUGGACUAAAAACCCUUAUGAAUUCACUAGAUAUUAUAGAGCUCAGUAUCAAACUUAGAUAUAUCCAAUAGUUGGUACCUAUUUUUGUAUGUAUACCGCUUAUAGUGAACAAUGUUCUAAUAUACCCUUGGAUAUCGUAGGUAAAUCAAUGUGAGUAUUUUAAAUACAUUUAUAAUAUGAGAUUUUUAGAGGAUUUUAAGCAUUAUUGUGGUUUGUUGCGGCUUGCCAAGUUAACAGAGAAUGUGGGGGGGGGAAGGUUAUUUAGCUAAAAAGUCCACAUCGAAGCAAUUCAUUUAAUAAGAAAGCAAUAUUGCAAUUUGACAUUUGCGCAUACAAAGGUAAGUGCGCAAUGGAAACAAAUGUCAAAUAGCAAUAUUGCUUUUUUAGAUGAAUUGCCAAGACAGAUAGUUGAAGAAGAGCAGUUCAAAACUAAGACCCUAGGUCUUACAAGUUAAAAAGCAAUAAUCAUUUUUUUUCUUCUAAUAUUAAGAAAUAUAAUCUCUGUUAGCAAGGUAAGGUAUAUUACCAUGUUGUAGUCGAACCACUAUAAAGACACUGGCUUACCAGCAUUCCUGUAUCACGCAUUUUGAAUCGAGCCGAGAUAUUGUGGGUAGCAUUUGUAUGGACAUUGAUUUAGUGGGGAACAUCCUUUAUAAUCUUUGUAAUCCCUUAAUGGGAUGUAGUAGCUUUAGAAGCCUUUUGUAAAACUUAUAACGUAGGUAGAACAGAUUUAUAAGAAUUCAUAGACGGAUAACGUACGCCUUAAGGUGCCUGAAAUGUAAAAAAUGAAUAAAUAGCCUAUAUACGAACCGCUGCUGGGCACAGGCCUCCCCUCAAUCAACCGGAGGGGGUAUGGAGCAUAACUCCACCACGCUGCUCCACUGUGGGCUGGUGGAGGUGUUGAGCUAGUGCCUUCCGAAGCACGGAAUCUUUUUCGGACAAUCAGGUGAUUCUAUGUCCUAGCGAAAAAGGACAUGUCUCACAAAGUGGUUUCGAUUUUUCCUCAUCGGGCAUCGAACCCAGACCUCUAGAUCGUAAGUCCAACGCUCCAACCAUAGAGGCCUGAAAUAUAAAUUUUAUGAACUAUAUAAGGCACCUUCCCAUCAUCUCUGAUGUUUAAGUACCAAAACUUAGUAUUAAAAUAAGGGUAUCGGUGCACCAAAAAAAAAAAAUGAAAUCUAUUUUUAAUAUUUCACUUACAAAAUAUAGCUUUGAACCAGUGCCAGUCAAUAGUAAAGAAGGCAAUAAUAUUGUAAAGUAUUAAAAUAAAUGUGUGUGCAGACUCCUCAGAUAGAAUUAAAUUAGACCUUAAGAUGUUGCAAUAAAGUACAUUUGGACCGUCAUGUUGAAUACUCAGAAUUUUCGAUGGCAUUUAUAGAGCUGGACAAAUCGCUUAUGCGUAUAUUUGUUUGUGUGUCAAGUCUGACGCCCAAAACGAUUGUUGUACAACAUACUAAAUUCCAAAUUUAAAUAAUGAAAUUCCAAAUUUAAAGAAACUAAUUCCACAAUUUAAAAAAAAUAUAUUAAAGAAAAUAAUAGUAUUUUUCUAUUUAAAAUAAUACAUACACUAGAGUGACCAUAAAGUAGAUUAUUGGACAUCUAUUUUUGGGCAUUAAACUCGACAUACAAGCAAAAUAAAAUAAAAAAAAUUGGUAUUGGAUUAAGGUGCUUCAGUGUACGCCACUGGUGCUCUCCUGAUCUUUAAUAUAAGGCUUCCUUUUUAUAAAAUCUAGAAUUACGCCCUAUUUUAAAAUUAUUAUUCCUAUUGGUCAGUAUGAUAAACUUAUUCUUAGUUAUACCAUAAUGUCAAAGUCUUCUAUUAUAAAGAGAGUAUUUGUAAAAGAGAAAUAAAUUAGUAUUUUAAAAAGUCUUUCCAUUUUUAAAUACUUUGCUUCUCGAUUUAAUGUUUGUACGAGUAAUUAUAAUUCGCACAUUUAGCCAGAUUUUCUUUAUGAUUUGUAAAAAUAAAAUUAAAAUGCCAUUAAAAUGUUGACAAUUUAUAGAGUUUUGACCCCUGGUAUAAUAGAGUCGUCGUUCGUGCGAUUAUUUUUAUUGAUUUUAUUUGUUACUGCUACAAUUUAUUGCAUUAUGAAUUUAUUUCAAUAGAUGUGUAAAGUUCUAUGCAAUGUAAUAGUUUGGCCAAAAAUAAAGCUUAUUUAUUCAAAAA